CGAUGCAUUGAAAAUUCUAGGUAGAUCAAUCAUGUCCGUCCGUUCUGAUGGCUGGGUGUGUCCUGUCCGUUUGAUGGAAGCGUCACCGUAAGGCGUCAGUGUUGUUGGAACAUUAAUGGCGUCUCCUCGUGUAUAGGUGAACUUGCGAUGAGAUAUUUCCCACCGUUAUCUCUCGCCUCCAAUUCCGUCCCCCUUGCUUCCCGGUGCCGUUCACUCCAGCGCCGCGGCUCCGUCACGAGGUGGGUGGCUAUCCGUUGCCGCCUCUUCUGAAUUUUGAUGAUAUGGAUAUGUAGAAACAUAGAACAGGCAGAGGAGAAGAGAAAGAUAAAUUAGAAAGUUUGUAAGGUAAAGUAAUAUUCCAUCCCGUCUCCUCUUUCUUUCCAAAGCAUUGCUGACAAAGAACACACCACGAUACUCGGAUUGUCGUAUAUCCUUUCACUGGAUAGGAUCAUCGUUUGAGCCUAUCAGCACAGAUUUUGCAUUUUAAGGAAGGCACUUAGUGAUUCAUAUGCAGCCGAGAGGAGUCAUAAAGUUCAUUUUAAGAGAAAGACUUGGUUUUGUUGUAUAUUUGUAGGGAUGCAAGGUAUGAACAUAAACACUGUCAGAGGCAAUAAAAUCUCUCUUGCUCUUAUUAUUCUCAUAUGCACAACUCUUGUAAUCUGGGCAUGCAAUAAAGUUGCAAUACUUGGUAUUCCUCAUGAACAGCUUGAUAUUCUUUAUCCUGUGGUUCCUCUCAGGCGUUCCAUGAACUCGACGGAUGGUCCAAAUCAGCACCAAUCUGCAGAUGAAGACUUAUCUGUUGUAGAAAAGGUGGAAAUUAACCCAUCUAAAGAAACAAAACCUAAUCUUAGUCUUUCAUCAAUUGGUUCUCCGGCAAGAAACUUAUCUAGAGAGGGAGGAUUGGAUACUGAACGUAAAACGAUUCCUUUGAUGAAUGUCUGUAAUUAUGCAAAGGGGAAGUGGGUUGCAGACAACAGGAGACCUUUAUAUUCUGGUCAUGGAUGCAAGCAAUGGCUGUCACCCAUGUGGGCAUGCAGGUUGAUGAAACGUACUGAUUUCUCCUAUGAGAGUUUUCGAUGGCAACCACAAGGUUGUGAGAUGCCCGAAUUUUCUGGAAGCAAAUUCCUAAAAAGAAUGCAGAACAGAACAAUUGCUCUGGUAGGGGAUUCUUUGGGAAGACAACAAUUUCAAUCGCUGAUGUGCAUGAUCACUGGUGGGAGAAAAAAUCCCAGAGUAAAAGAUGUCGGAAAGGAGUAUGGAUUUACUAAAGCGCGCAACGCUGUCAGACCCAGUGGUUGGGCUUAUCGGUUUCCAGAAACCAAUACCACAAUUUUGUAUCACUGGUCUGCAAGUUUAUGUGAAUUGGAGCCUCUGAAUGUUUCAGAUCCAGCUACCAAUUACGCCAUGCAUCUUGACCGACCUGCAAAUUUUUUGAGGAAGUAUCUUCAUCGGUUUGAUGUGCUCGUACUCAACACCGGACACCACUGGAACAGAGAGAAGUUUAGAGCUAAUGGAUGGGAGAUGUACGUUGAUGGAAAGAAAAAUACUAAAGCAAAGCUUGCAGCGCUGGGAGAUGCGAAAAAUCUGACCAUCCACAAUGUUAUCAAGUGGCUCGAUUCACGACUUCCACAUCUUCCACAUCUAAAGGCUUUUCUAAGGGCAUCAUCUCCCAGGCAUUUUGUCAAUGGAGAAUGGAAUUCUGGGGGAAGCUGCGAUAACACUGUUCCAUUGUCUGUGGGGAGUGAGGUUUCACAGGAUGGUUCCGGUGACCCAGUUGCUGAGGCCGCAGUGAGAGGAACAGAAGUAAAACUUUUGGACAUCACUGCAUUGUCACUGUUGAGAGACGAGGGACACAUAUCCAGGUACGGUAUAAAAGCCUCACAAGGUAGGCAUGAUUGCUUGCACUGGUGCCUUCCAGGUGUUCCUGAUACGUGGAAUGAAAUACUUUAUUCACAGAUAUAGGCUGAUGUUUCUCAACCCAAUUGUAGCUGUAGGUAACCCAUGAUAACAUGCACCAUUAUGCAGGAAGGCUGUAAUCUCAUGACCUAUGUUAUGGAAGCUUUUUUUUUUCUUUCAUUAUAUUUUAUUUUUGUAGAGAUA